GCGAUCCAUCAUCCGCAUCAGCUGCACAAAACCAUUGUGCGCGUUUGUGCAUCUGCAUUGCUCUGUCGUAGAACAACGAAGAGCGCCAAAAGUGCAAACAUCAUCAAGAUGGAUGCGUCUUUCCUAAACUACGGCCUCGACGCCGUGGUGUUGCCAGAGUGGGGUUUUCCGAAGAAAGGCAAGGUCCGCGACAUUUAUUUCCAGGAGGAUGACGUUGUCAUGGUUACCAACGACCGUGUGUCCGCGUUCGAUUUUGUCCUUCCGAAUCUGAUCCCGUUCAAGGGCCAGGUGCUGAACACCAUUUCCGAGCACAUGUUCGAGGUGACCAAGGACAUCAUCCCCAACGCCCUCGUUCUCCCCUCGCCCGACCCGGCGGUCGUCGUGCAGAAGAAGAUGAAAAAUCUGAUGGUGGAGUGCAUCGUCCGUGGCUAUCUCUGGGGUUCCAUGGCGGCUGCGUACGAGAAGGGGGAUCGGGACUUCUGCGGGUUGAAAAUCCCGGACGGGCUGGUGCGGUAUCAGAAAUUAGCCGAGCCGAUCUUCACGCCGACCACGAAGGCGGAGGUGGGGCACGACGAGAACAUGACCAUGGCGGAAGUGGAGGAGCUGAUCGGGAAGGAUUUGGCGGCGCAGGUAGGAACUACGGAGCACACGAUGCUCAAGAUUUUGUCAUCCUACGAUGUAAAAUGAUAAAGCAGGAGUUUAGGAAUUUCGAAAAAGAAAUAACAAGUCGGCUCUGACUACGUGGUCCUACCUACAACUGCAUCAACAAGAAGUCGCUGUUAGAAGUACAUGGCGCAAAAACUACAUCAGGUCAAAGACAUCUCGAUGAAGCUGUUCAAGCGCGGCCAGGAGACGAUGGCGAAGCAGGGGCUGAUUUUGAUCGACACGAAGUACGAGUUUGGGAUUUGCCCCAAGACCGGCAAGCUGCACGUGAUCGACGAAGUGAACACGCCGGACAGCAGCCGUCUGUGCAGCAUUGCGGAGUACGAGGAGAAGUGGAAGCUGAUCGAACCGAAGAUCAAGGACUACCCCUCUGUGUCCGCCUUGCUGAAGGAACAUCCGAAGUUGAAGGUGAAGGAGUUCUCGAAGCAGUACGUCCGGGACACGCUGUUGGAAAUGGGAUUCGACCCUACCACCGCCACCAAGGCGAUCGAAUUGACGCCGGAGCAGGUGCUGGAGUGCGCGAAGCGCUACAUCGACGUCUGCGAGCAGAUCACGGGCAAGAAGUUCCCGUUACCGGACAAGGCGCAGGUGAUCAACAAGUCGCCCAAGGAGCGGCUGUUGCAGAAUUUGGUCGCGAAAAAGUACCUCUCGUCUGGCCUCGCCUGCAUCUUUGCCGGGUCCGACUCGGACGCGCCGCACAUCGAGAAACUGCAGAAGGAGUUCGCGAAAUCGUUCGCGAAGCACAACAUCUCCACGCAGGUGCGGAUUUGUUCCGCGCACAAGCAGCCGAAGAAGCUCGGCGAGGUGUUGAAGUACUACAAUACCUCCGACUAUCCACAAAAAAAAAAAAACAGAAACACAUCGUCCCCAUCCAAUUUGUCAUGCAAAACAUGCAUCAGCUCCAGUGUUUGUCAUGCAAAACAUGGAUGGGGAUGGCGAUGGGUGUUUUUUCCUGGAUACCGACCAGAUGAUCUGCAUCAUCGCCUGUGCCGGCGGUACCGACGCCUUGUCCGGAACCGCGUCCUUCCUGUCCAUCUGGCCGGUGGUGUCCUGUCCCCCGGACGGGCUGGAAAACAAAACCUGCACGAUCAACCCGCCGGGCAGCAGCAACGCCUUCUGCGGCAAGCCGGGAAACUGCGCGCGGUUUUGCCUGCAGAUGUUCUCCGGCAAGGAGCCGAAGAUCGGGGAGUUUUUGAGCAGCGAAAACGCGAAAAAGGUGAAGUCCUUGGAAGACGCGGAUGCGCGCCUGUGUCCGGUGUUCGCCACGGGCAGUACUGCUGUUUCGGAUGUGAAACCCUCUGUGUCGUGCACGAAAGCGGUGGACAACGAUUUUUUCACCUCCACCGCCGCGACCUCGAAGGAAACGACGAGCGACAAAGACGGCGAUGGUACUAUCAAGGAUAAAGAAACCCUCUACAAGCAAAAGAUCCACAGCGAAUUUCUGAACAAAACGGAAGUGGACGCGGUGUUUAUCCCGGAGUGGGGCGAGGCGAAGAAGGGAAAGGUGCGGGACAUCUACUUCCAGAACGAGAACUAUGGACGUGUCAGGUUUGAAAUCGUCAAAGUUGAAAUGAUUUGCCAUGCAUCAAACGGAUACCAGUUAGACCCACAGUUUGUAGUCGGUGCAUGGCAAAUUUUCCCGGUCCUGGAAGCGAGUCUGUCACGCAGUUUAGGGCAAAAGAGCUACCUUCUGUCAUGCUAGUCAGCCGUCCAACUUUUGAAAGACCCUUACCAGGACUAUAAUCUGCCUCCCGUGCGUCCUCUGCAAUAGAGUCACUUUUUGUAUUGCAUUUUGUGCAUGACAAACCAUUUUUUGACGAUUUCAAUCCUGACACCCCCAUAAGAGCGUGGUGAUGGUGACCAACGACCGGGUUUCUGCGUUCGACUAUCCUGUGCAAAAGUAUCGUACUCGUACUAAUUGCAGAUAUGCAUGACAAAUAUUUUUCCUAGGGCAAAACAGCAUUACAAAUUUGACUUUCCUUCUUGCCAGAAUUUGUCAUGCAAUUUAUACUAGUACGAUACUUUUGCACAGGAUAUCGACCACGUGCUGCCCAAUUUGAUCCCCUUUAAGGGGUUCGUGUUGAACAAGAUCUCCGAAUGGGCGUUCGACGCGACCAAGGACAUCAUCCCCAACGCGCUCAUCACCCCCGCCCCCGACCCGGCGGUCGUCGUGCAGAAGAAAAUGAAGAAUCUGAUGGUGGAGUGCAUCGUCCGCGGCUAUCUCUGGGGUUCCAUGGCGAAGGCGUACGAGAAGGGGGAUCGGGACUUCUGCGGGUUGAAGAUUCCAGACGGGCUGGUCCGCUACCAGAAACUCGCCGAGCCGAUCUUCACGCCGACCACGAAGGCGGAGGUGGGGCACGACGAGAACAUGACCAUGGCCGAGGUGGAACAAUUGAUCGGAGUGGAUUUGGCCGCAAAAGUGAAGGACAUCUCGAUGAAAUUGUUCCAGCGCGGAUCCUAUGCGUUGCAAAAGUAUCGUACUAGUAUAAAUUGCAUUACAAAUUUGCUCAGCGUGAGAGCUGGAAUUUGUCAUGCUGUUUUACCUUAAGGACAAGAUUUGUCAUGCAUAAUGGCAAUUAGUACGAGUACGAUACUUUUGCACAGGAUAGAUCCGAGAAGAUGAAAGAAAAGGGGCUGAUUCUGAUCGACACGAAGUACGAAUUCGGUUUGGACUACGAGACAAACGAAUUGUAUGUGAUUGACGAAGUGAACACGCCGGAUAGCUCUCGGAUGUGCGGUAUGCAAUAGAAAUUUCAAUUUUAUUUCACCCCACACGUACAAAUGCACGGCAGAUGCAAAUUUUCCGAACCUAAAGCAUGCGAUGCCACUUUUAUCUUUUUCGUAUGCUGCAUACGAAAAAGAUAAAAGUGGUGCCAUGUUGCGGAUGAAAUAGCAUUAGUACGUGCACGGAAUGAAUAAAUUGAAAUUUCCGUUGCAUAUGCGGCAUUGAAGAGUACGAGAAGAAAUGGAAAUUGAUCGACGAAGCGGUGAAGGGAAAGACCAUGCCGGCGAGUGAGAUUUUCAGCAAGUACAAAAUCAAAGAAUACAGCAAACAGUACGUGCGCGACUGCCUGCUCGACAUGGGGUUCACGGGGAAUGAAUCCGCGGACGAAAUUAUGACAGUGCACAACUCCUCCUUCCCCUCAUUUGUAUAGCAUGAACAGCAAAAGCAAUACAAGGGUCAGUAAGAAUGCCGGUUUUCCAUGACAAAUUAUUUCCACAGGAGUGUAGUGCUGUUUGGGCUUCCGGAGUUUGUCAUGCAAACAGUGCUAAGAAACACAGUCUGGAUUUGGUAUUUUGCAUGACAAAUGACGGGGAGGGGGAGUUGUGCACUGUCAUAGAAAUCAGUUUGUCCCCGGCCCAGAUCGUGGAGUGCAGCUACCGGUACAUAUCAACUGCAGAUAUGUCUGGGUCUGGAAGAUUGCAAGGUUUUGUCAUGCUAGUCUGGCAUGACUCUGCACUCUGUAUUGCGUGCUGGCCACGAACAGCCUCUCUCGCCUGUCAUGCAAAAACGCACUUUCUCAUGCGGAAUGCGCAUCACAGAAGCACGAAAAAACUUGUCAUGCUUGGCUGCGCAUGACAGUUCACUUAUUGUUCACUGACUUGCAUCACAAGUCAGACAUAUUUGCAUUUGAUAGUACAUCAAGGUCUACGAAACGAUCAUUGGGAAGGAGUUCCCCUUUGAUUUGUUCGCAUCCAGUAUCACCGGCAGCAGCAACGCGUCGGCCAAGCGGGUCAUCAAGAACCUCCAGGCGGCGAAGCUGUUGAGCACCGGCGUCGUGCUGAUCAUGGCGGGAUCGGAUUCCGACGCGCCCCAUUUGGCGAAAAUCGAGGAGAGCUGCAAGAAGCAGGGCCUCAAGGCGGUGCACACCCGGAUUUGCUCGGCGCACAAACAGCCGGGCAAGUUGGAAGAUGCUUUGAAAAGGUAGUAUGAGUAUGUAUGAAUGCCUUCUAUGCAGCGGCAGCUGCUCCACCUUCUGAAAAUGUUCAUGUUAUUCACUCAGUCCGUGCUUCGUUUUGUUGUGUUGCGUGUUUGAAUUUUCUAGUUCUAGAGUAUGUACGUAGACACUACGCAUUUCGCCUAUACAAUUUUUAUUUUACAAGAUGAAGUUGAACUCCAUGAUAGCAUUUAACAUCUGCAAUAAAACCUCUCUCAGCUACAAUCGUUCGGAGCAGCCCUGUAUCAUUGUUGGUUGCGCUGGAGGUACGGACGCGUUGUCGGGAACCGCUUCGUUCCACUCGAAGUUCCCGGUAGUCUCCUGCCCCCCGGACGGUCUCAUUAACCACACGUGCCUGACCAACCCGCCUGGCUCCUCGAACGCGAUUUGCUACUCGGUGUCCAACGUCGCCAGGUUUUGCGCGCAGGUGCUGUCAGCGGCCAGCGGUGACGCGGAGUUGCAGAAGAAGUUGCUGAAGUCCAACGACGAAAAAAACUCGAAACUGUCGAAGGCGGACGCGGGAUUUGUGGAGAGGAUCUUCCCGAAAGCGCAGCUGGUGAUGGGGGCGUGAGUAGAACUACGGAACAAGAACGGAAGAAGGAAUGACGAGCUUUGGGUCGUGAAAUUGAAAAUGGUAACAGACAAAGAAGAUUAUAUUAAUAUGCUGUUGAGGAUCACCAGGAUCAUGGGAUGAAAAAGAAAAAUCAAUAUCAAGGUAAAAAACACAAGUUUGGUUUGACAUUUUGGAAUGACUAUGACACAGAAGGGCUCUCCUGAUACAGUAGAAAACGAUUUGUUUGUGAAGAAAACAAAGCUGCUUUAUUUUCUUCUUCGAGAGGCUGAGGCAGAGGAUGUGGCGUUUAUUUUCUUGAAAAGGUAAAUAAGGUUAACGUUAAAGGAAGAAAGAAUAUUGUAACGACACGAUGAAGGUGGAUGAAGUUGGAUGAAGUCCAAAUCAAAAUAUAUUUAUCCAACAGCUUUUGCAAAAGUCAAAGCGGUUGUGCAGAUGAAUAGUCCAAGCAUAACAAGCAGAGCCUGUGCUUGGUAUGUAAUCUGUUGGUUUAGCCAGUUAGAUUUUUACGUCAAGUGACGUACUAGUAGGUAUUGUCAAUGUGAAUGUAGCAGUUGCAGUUGUCUUCAACAUCUUUACUCGAUCUUCAUCGCCGCAGGAUCAAAAUGUGGUCUAUUGGCAGAAUUCUCAUUUUCCGACGCUUCAAGCGCACUCCAUUUUGCUGAUUCGAAGGAUGGCAGAUGAAAAACUAUCCAAUGGCGGCGCUGCAAAGAGCAGGAAACGCAAAGUCACAUUAUCAAAUUAAAAAUGAGAUGCGGUAGGAGC